AUGAAUUUCGAGCCUGCAAUACCAGAGACGAAGGUCCUGGCGAUCGCUAGCCAUGUAGGGUUUCGAAUAUCCUUGAUCGAUCUGGCUGACCAAUAUGGCUUAAGGUGGUGUAUGGGUGAGUCGAACAACUUGAAUACACUGGAUUGCCUAGAAGCUGGAUCUGAUCUCACUGUCAAAGAUACCUUCUCUGCUCUUCUUUCAUCGACGCAACUCAUCUGCAAUUUCUUCGAGCCAACCGAGGCAUAUGCAGGCAACCAUACCGGAUAUUGCCAAGUCAGGGGCACAAAAGCAUCUGCUCAGGAGAUACGAGACAUCUACGACGGCCUUUGCCAGUCCUACCUGACCGACUUUGAUAUGCUUCUUUCCGGUUACUCGCCGAACGCAGAAACAGUCCAGGCCGUUGGUGUCAUCGCUCGUGAUCUCCGGUUCAGGUCAACAAACAAGCCAGGGUCUUUCUUCUGGGUCCUUGAUCCGGUAAUGGGCGACCAAGGCAGACUCUACGUCAAUGAAGAUGUCGUCCCAGCCUACAAGAGUAUCCUACGAGAGGCAGACCUCAUCUUACCCAACCAAUUCGAAGCCGAGUAUAUAUACCUCCCGCCUCCCAUUUCCCUCCUCCCAUCUCAAUCAUUAACCUGCUCCAUGAAAUCUAGAACCCUCUCCGGUAUCCCCAUCCAUUCCCUUCCCUCCCUUGCAACCGCAAUCUCCACUCUCCACACCACCUACCUCAUCCCUCACAUCAUCGUAACCUCCAUCCGUCUUACGCCCUCCAACCCCACUCUCUCCAUCAUCGGCAGCACUUUCCGCCCUUCAAACCACACACCGCGCCUCUUCAAAGUCGACGUUCCCGCCCUCCCCUGUUUCUUCUCCGGGACUGGAGACAUGUUCGCCGCGCUCAUGGUCGUCCGCCUGCGCGAAGCAUGUCUUGAAGCUGGAGUAACGGAUAGGAAGAGCUGGGUUAGUGAAGAUGACGUGGCCGCGACGGAGUUGCCCUUGGCGAAGGCAACGGAGAAGGUGCUGGCGAGUAUGCAGAUGGUGCUUGAGAAGACGAUGCAGGCUAGAGAUCGGGAGUUGGCUGGGUUGACGGAGGGUGGCAAGGGCAUGUCGAGUUCGAGCGGGGUGGAGGUGGGUGAUGAUGGGGAAGGAAAUAGAAGGUAUCUAGCUGAGACCAAGGCGGCGGAAGUGAGGGUCGUGAGGAACGUGAGAGAUCUGUGGUGUCCGGAGGAAAGAUAUAAAGCUUGCGAGCUGCAGGUGUGA